GUGCCAAGGAAUAAGCCAAGAAAAAGCUUUUUGUAUCCUAGCAUGGCAAAUGAAGAAGAUGAUCCAAUUAUACAAGAGAUUGAUGUGUUCCUGGCCAGAAGUCUACUGGAGAAGCUGUAUCUGUUUCAGUAUCCUAUUCGCCCAGCGUCCAUGACGUAUGAUGAUGUUACACAUUUAUCAGCGAAGAUAAAACCAAAGCAGCAGAAGGUUGAACUUGAAAUGGCCAUUGAUACUUUGAAUCCUAACUACUGUCGCAGCAAAGGAGAACAGAUUGCUCUCAAUGUCGAUGGCACCUCUACAGAUGAAACAAGUACCUACUCCUCGAAGCUGAUGGACAAGCAAACUUUCUGCUCUUCUCAAGCUGCAAGUAAUGUUUCCCGCUAUGCAGCUGCUGUUUAUAAAAAAGGUGAACUUCACCUAACUCCACUACAUGGAAUUCUUCAGCUGAGGCCAAGCUUCACCUACUUGGACAAGGCUGAUGCAAAACACCGAGAAAGAGAAGCUGCUAAUGAAGGUGGUGAUUCAUCCCAGGAUGAAGCUGAAGAUGAUGUUAAACAAAUUACUGUACGAUUCUCCCGCCCUGAGACCGAACAAGCUCGUCAACGACGUGUUCAGUCCUAUGAGUUCCUGCAGAAGAGACAAGCAGAAGAGCACUGGGUUCAUCUACAUUAUUAUGGCUUGAAGGACAGCCGGUCUGAACACGAGCGCCAGUAUUUAUUUAGUCAAGGCCAUGGCCUUGCUGAAAACACAGAAUUAAUUAAGUCUCCCAGUGAAUAUUUAAUGAUGCUGAUGCCUCCAAGCAUAGAGGAAGAGAAUGACAAACCAAUGGCUCCAAGCAAUGUGCUUUCUAUGGCCCAGCUGAGAACUUUACCCCUUGCUGAUCAGAUUAAGAUCCUGAUGAAGAAUGUGAAGGUCAUGCCGUUUGCAAAUCUGAUGAGUUUACUAGGCUCUGGGACCGAUUCCACGGCAGUUCUGCGCUGUAUACAGCAGGUGGCAAUGUUGGUCCAGGGAAACUGGGUGGUGAAGAGUGAUGUCCUCUACCCGAAAGAUACUUCUAGUCCACAUAGUGGAGUUCCUGCAGAAGUGCUCUGCAGGGGGAGGGACUUUGUGAUGUGGAAGUUCACACAGGACCGCUGGGUUGUGAGAAAGGAAGUGGCAGCAGUUACAAAGCUUUGCCCAGAAGAUGUGAAAGACUUCCUAGAGCACAUGUCUGUGGCAAGAAUAAACAAAGGUUGGGAGUUCAUGCUCCCUUAUGAUGAAGACUUUGUUAAGAAGCAUCCAGAUAUAGUUCAGAGGCAACAUAUGCUGUGGAUGGGCAUUCAGGCCAAAUUAGAAAAGGUCUAUAAUCUCCUAAAGGAGCACUUGACACCAAAGAAACAAGAGGCACAAUCAGCUCAUCCAUUGCUGGUUUCUGGGGAGCAGAGAGUCAACAUGGCUAAAGCAAAAGUAAAGCAGAACUAUGGGCAGCUGGAGAAGGAGUUACAGAAGCAAAAGGCAGAGAUUAAAUCAAACGACACCUCAGCCAAGAUGGAUGUUUCCAAUAUCCAUAUUAAAGAGGAGCCUGUGAGUGAUGAGGAGCCAAUGGAUACCUCAGCUUAUGAGAGCAUGAACAACGGCAUCGUCAACGGCCUCCAUGCAGAGGAGGACUCGAUGGACUCUUUAAAUGGCCACUUGCCUGGAGCCUGUAUUGACCGGGUAGCCCAAGAACUGAAGGCAUUUGUGUCCUCAACAUUUAAGAAACAGUUUGUGCUGACCCUGAGUGAGCUUAAACGGUUAUUUAACCUUCACUUAGCCAGUCUGCCUCCAGGACAUACAUUGUUCAGUGGCAUUUCGGACAAAAUGUUACAGGACAUGGUGUUGGACACUGGCUGCAAACAGAUUUUGGUGCCUUUUCCUCCACAGACUGCUGCUUCGCCAGAUGAACUAAAGGUCUAUGCGCUUUGGGAGGCUGGUGACACUUACGACCAGCAUCGCCAAGUCUUGCUUGAAAUCUUUUCGAAAAACUAUCGAGUGCGCAGGAAUGUCAUCCAGAGCCAGCUGAGUCAAGAAUGUGGAGAAGAUCUAAACAAGCAGGAGGUGGAUAGAGUGUUAAAGGACUGCUGUGUGAGCUACGGUGGAAUGUGGUAUCUUAAGGGGACGGUGCAGUCUUGACAGCGGUGGUUGCGGUUUCUUUACUUCAGGUGAUCUCCAGGAUGAAAGAGGAGCCCUGCAGCAGGCGGCACGGACAGCGAUGCCGUGGCCGCAGGAGCCUGGGGCAGGAUCUGACCUA